UUUUCUUCAAAUUUCAGAUUUAUUUUUGAAAUUACACUUGUGAGAGCUGGUCGUUCUUGAUCGCGUAUAUUAAACGUUGUUUGAAAAAGGCACUGAAGAAAAAGAUAAAAGAAAAAAAAAGACAAAAGACUAAGACGAUUUUAAAAAGUUGUCUUGAACGGAUUCCAGCAGCAUCUUCCCUUCUCGAAGUGGAUGCUGAGUGGACGGCUCUCUGGAACAUGUGGACUUUUGGUGGAGGCGAGCGGAAGCCUGUGUGUGGCGGCACGGGACACGCCUCCACACAACCGUUGUGGUGCCAUUUGGCCUUAGACUAAGAAAGAAAAAAAGAGAGAAAUAACUAGGAAAAUAUAAUAAGAACAUCCAUUGGUUUGCGUUGCAACGGUUUCGUCGAGUUCAGACAAAGUAAGGACUAGUAAAGAGAGAAUCGUAAGGACUCUGUCGGCCAAGUCGCGCCCCCAGCGAGCCAGCAAGAUGGCGCCCCACACGGGAUCCGGAGGCGGCGGAGGAGGAGGAGGUGGCGGAGGCGGAGGCAGCAGCGGCGGCGCGGUGGUCAAGUACAAGCUGACGGAGGUGGUGCGGAGGUACUCGCAGCUGCUGCAGGUGGCCACGCUGUUCCGGCAGGUGGUGAGCCGGGCCAAGCACCGCCACUCGACGGCGCAGUGCGUGGACUCGCACGUGGAGGAGGGCGCGUCCACCUCGUGGCUGCUCGUGCUCUACAGCCCCAAGUUCGCGCCCAGGACGCCCAAAAAGUUAAGGUACGUGGCGAGAGGCGCAGGAGAGAGGGGGCGUCGACCCUCUCGUGAGAUCCGCCGGGGGAAGGUGACGUACAUGUGUGAUUGGGGGGCUUGGGAUGGUCUUUGGCGAGUGUGUGAAUGAGUGAGUUAAUGAAUGAGUGAGUGAGUGAGCGUGCGAGUGAGUGAAUUAAUGAGUGAGUUGA